AGAUGGCGGCGGGACGUUGCGAGCGGUGUUGACGAGGAGCGGUCAGGAGGACGGCGGCCAUCAGAUACGUCAACCGGGACCGAGUGAACGCAGGGCCAACCCAACCCGGUCCAGUCCAGUUCGACCCGGUCCAGCGUGCAGGUGUCCUUUGGACGGCUGUCUCCUUUGCUAGUCUGAGAUGAGCCGAGGAGUCGGGAACCGGCCGGGAGGCUGAUUCGCCGCUUUAUUCGCCGGGCGGGAGGGUACGAGACGUUAAGAGGAGAAUGAAUCUUCACCAGGUCUUAACCGGUGCCGUCAACCCCGGCGACAGUUGCUUCUCGGUGGGCAACAUCGGCGAUGAACCGUUCACGGCUUAUGCUUCAGGGUGUGAUAUCGUGAUUUUAGCCAGUGAUUUUGAAAGACUUCAAAUUAUUCCUGGAGCCAAACAUGGAAAUAUCCAAGUUGGAUGUGUUGAUUGCUCCAUGCAUCAGGGAAAGAUUGCAGCAUCGUAUGGAAAUGUAAUCUGCAUUUUUGAGCCCAUUGCACUUUUAAACCAGAAAACUAAGCAUUCUACGCAGCUUAAUUAUCAAUGGCAGAAGAGUGGACAAUUUGCAUUGGAGUCAGUGGUGCAUAACUUAGCAUGGGAUCCACAAGGAAUUCGUCUCUUGACUGGUUCCAGUUCUUUGCAGCUUUGGUCCAAUGGAAAUCUUGAAGAUACUAUUAAUGAGGAGGAAGCUGCAGAUGAGAUUGAUCCAAGUAAAGUCAGUGAUUGGUGGUGCAUCUGGGAGUCUAAAACUGCAUCUCCCAUCCAUCUAUUAAAGGUGUCUCCAGAUGGUGAAUUUUUUGCAACAGUUGGAAAGGAUGACUGUCUUGUGAAAGUGUGGUAUAAUUCCAGCAGCUGGCAGUCAGCAGUGAUGACACCAGUCAUACCAGUGGAUAAGAAAGAAGGAGAUAUUGAUUUUUCUUUUGUAUACUUAGCCCAUCCUAGGGCUGUUACUGGAUUUUCUUGGCGGAAAACCAGCAAGUACAUGCCAAGGGGUCUCACAUGUAAUGUUCUGUUGACCUGCUGCAAGGACAAUGUUUGUCGAUUAUGGGCAGAGACUUUACUUCCAAGUGAUACUUUGAUUUCUGGAGACGGCCACACUCAGUGGUCUGAAUCUGUCUGGACAACCAACAAUCUGAAGAGGAACAUCUCCAAUCGGGAAAAGUUGAAUUUCAGAUCCUUUCGUAUAGGGAGGAGGAGAUCAUCUGGUCUUGUUGCACACAGUGGAUAUUUACCCCACCAGCAGGACGCACAUGAAGUCCAUAGGAAUUCACCUCUACAUGCGAAUUCACUCUGUCACUUUCACAUCGCAGCUAGUAUUAAUCCUGCAACAGACAUUCCACUGCUGCCCUCCAUCACUUCAUUGAGUUUAAGUGAACAUGAAGAAACUAAUGGACCUUUUGUUGUUCAUUGGCUAAACAACAAGGAAUUGCACUUUACCUUAUCAAUGGAGGUCUUUUUACAGCAGUUACGAAGGAACUUGGAGCAGCAAUCUCCAGAAUCUGUCUCAGAUGAUGUUGGACAAAUGGCAAGCAAAUCUGAUGAUGACAUUGAUGAAGGCAAUGAAUAUCAUAAAGGAUUUAUGCAAUCUGUACUUUCAGACAGAAGUAAUGGAGAAAAGACCUCAUCAGCUGUCAUGAUUGAUCAUAAAAUUGAAGUGCUGUUAGCAGAAUGGAACAAGAAUGCAGACAUGCUCUUCAGUAUCCACCCCAUAGAUGGAUCCUUACUGGUGUGGCAUGUUGACUGGCUUGAUGAGUAUCAGCCCGGGAUGUUUCGACAAGUGCAGGUUUCAUUUGCCUCUAGAAUUCCUGUGGCAUUCCCCACUGGAGAUGCAAACUCUCUCAGCAAGAGUAUUGUUAUGUAUGCCUGUACAAAAAACGUAGAUCUUGCUAUUCAGCAAGGGAAACUGAAGCCACCAGGCAUGACUCAUUCCACAUCUGGCAUGUUAAUCUCUGCUGGUCAAAAUAAAUCAUCUGGUAGUUUAAAGCUCAGCAUCUUCACACCUAAUGUGCUCAUGAUUUCAAAACAUGCAGAUGGAUCCCUGAAUCAAUGGGCUGUCAGUUUUGCAGAAGAGUCUGCAUUUUCAACUGUCCUUGGUGUAUCUCACAAGUCACGUUACUGUGGUCAUCGCUUUCAUCUCAAUGAUUUAGCUUGUCAUUCGGUUUUGCCAUUACUGCUGACUACUUCCUACCACAAUGCAAUACGGACACCAGAUGAUGGAAAUCUGCACGAUGAAAGCAGGAGUUUUCACUCCUUACAAUGUUGUAGUUCAGUAUCUAGAAACAAGAGAAACAUUGGUACAGCAGCAGUGUUCCAGGAUUCCAAUGCAAUAUAUAGUGAACUAAUUCUUUGGCGAGUAGAUCCAGUUGGGCCUUUAUCGUAUUCUGGAGGGGUAUCGGAGUUGGCCAGAAUCAAUUCUCUCCAUGUUUCAGCUUUUUCAAAUGUGGCUUGGCUACCAACUUUAAUCCCAAGUUACUGUCUAGGUGCAUAUUGCAAUUCUCCUAGUGCUUGCUUUGUGGCAAGUGAUGGUCAUUAUUUGAGAUUAUAUCAAGCUGUUAUUGAUGCCAAAAAGCUUUUAAGUGAGCUUUCCAAUCCAGAAAUCGCUAAGUUUGUUGGAGAGGUAUUCAAUAUUGUAAGCCAGCAGUCAACAGCAAGACCAGGCUGCAUAAUAGAAUUGGAUGCAAUCACUGAGCUUUAUGGGAAAGAGACUCAGUUACUUCACGUCUUUAAGGAGGAUUUUAUAUCAGUUAAUCAACCCAAGAAAAUGCAGCAAAAGGAAGGACAGACUUCCAAUGAAACCAGUCCACAACAGGAAGCAGAAGAACCACAUGAUGGCUUUUCAGAAAAAUUCUUUUUGGUGGUCAUUGAACAUAAGCAGAACAACCGCUCAGUAUUGCAUAUGUGGCACUUACACCUGAAAUCUGAUUCAAUAUCGGUUGAUCAUGCUACUGAAACUCCGUUGUUGCCUCCAGAGGAACAGAAUGGCUUUGCCUCUGAGAAGUUACAUUCUCCUUUCUUCAAAAAAUACCAAGCUUGUAAAGCAAAUUUGCAAAGCGCCAGUCGAUUGGCACUGAGCUCAAAACGAGUUUAUAGCCAAGAAUUAGCUCUUCCAGAAGGAGUGGAAAUCACUAGAGUUACUCCCUCUGCAGGGCACCUGAGUUCUUCUUCAGUACAUCCAGCUUGCCUUGCACCAUAUCUUCUGGCAACGUCUUGCUCAGAUGGGAAAGUCCGAUUCUGGCGAUGUCAAGUAUCAGCUCAUUCAGCAUCUUCUGCAGCUGGGGAUAGUUUGGAGAGUAAAUUUUCCUAUUGUUGGGAAGAAUGGCCUUUACUGAUUGAAGGAGGACUUGUGAACAGCAGUGCAGUUAGUGUACCAGGAAGACCAGUGGAUGUAAGCUGUUCUUAUACAAGCCGGCUUGCUGUGGCUUACAAACAGUCAAAACAAAUUAAUGAACAUUCCAGUAAACACUUCACCAUGCAUGUGUGUAUAUUUGAAUGUGAAUCAACAGGAGGCUCGCAAUGGAUUCUUGAACAGACAAUACAUCUGGAUGACUUGAGUCUAUCAGGUGCCAUUUUGAAUCCAAGAAUCAGCAUUGAUAGUAACUUAGUGGUUUACAAUAAGCAGGAAUCUCAUCUGACUGAUCAUCAAAUGACUUUUGAAGCAAAACCUUUGGUUCACUUAGAUUGGGUUUCAAAGGAAGAUGGAUCUCAUAUCUUAACGAUAGGAAUUGGAUCUAAACUUCUAAUGUACGGACAGGUUUCUGGAAUGAUACAAAAUCAAGCCAAGAAAGAAGCACCAGCAGUUUUCUCUUUGUCUUUGUGGGAUAAUGCCAAAGAAGUGUCUCAGUCGAGGUGGGUGCUUCUGAGAAGUGUGGAUUUGGUUUCCUCAGUGGAUGGAUCGUUGUCAUUACCAGUUUCACUUUCUUGGGUGCGUGAUGGUAUCCUCGUGGUGGGAAUGGAUUGUGAAAUGCAUGUUUAUUCACAGUGGCAACCACAUGAUAAAUUAGAUCCAGUGAUAACUGAAGUUGAAAAUGGUAGUACUCCUUCAGUAGUUAGCCUGGCAAAAUAUGGCAAUGUGACUGGUUCCAAUCCUUACCUAUUCAAAAAAAACCUGACGAGAUCAAUGACUGGGCUUGCUCAGAAAUUUGGUGGUAAAAAGAUUCCGUUUCAAUGGAAUGUUGAAAUGGAGGACUCGGGCCUUUUUGAAGCAUCUCAUGAUUUGUCUCCAACUCUGCCUCAGUACCAUCCUUUACAGCUCUUGGAGUUAAUGGACUUGGGUAAAAUCAGACGGUCCAAAGCUAUCCUAUCUCAUUUAGUCAAAUGUAUAGCAGGAGAAGUAAUCACAGUAAACGAUGCUGAAACUAGCCACGAACGCCGACUCAGAUCUCUGACAAUUAGUGCAAGUGGCAGCACGGCAAGAGAUCCCUUAAUGACAAAUAAAAGUGAAAAUCCUGACUAUACAGAAAUAGACUCCAUCCCCCCUCUUCCUUUGUGUGCACUUUUAGCUGCUGAUGAAGAUAUUUCUCAUACCACUUUUGAAAAACCAAGCAAACGACCUAAUAUCAACAAGAAAAAUUGCAGACAACAAUCAACAGUAAACAAUUAUGAUGAAUUAUUUGCAAUGUCCAACCUUGGUACAGAUUUACCUGAUGGCUUCAAAGUUGAUGAUGACAUUGAGCAGAAGGUUAUUGACCUUUCCCAGUACAGUCUUACCUACUUUGGCCCUGAGCAUGCUCGGGUACUUUCUAGUCAUUUGCUGCAUUCCAGUCUGCCUGGCCUUACCAGUAUGGAGCAAAUGUUUUUAAUGGCAUUGGCAGAUACAGUGGCAACUAUCAGCACUGACAUAGGAGAGAGCAGAGAGAGAACCCAAGGUGGAGAGACCCUUGAUGAAUGUGGCUUGAGAUUUCUUUUAGCCAUGAGGCUCCAUACAUUCCUGUUAACAUCACUACCUCCAGUCUAUCGAGCACAACUUCUUCGUCAAGGUCUAUCUACUUGUCAUUUUGCCUGGGCCUUUCAUUCAGAGGCAGAGGAGGAGCUGCUAAAUAUGAUCCCUGCAAUGCAAAGAGGAGAUCCCCACUGGUCAGAACUUAGAGCUAUGGGGGUAGGCUGGUGGGUGCGCAGCACAAACAUUCUUCGCAGAUGUAUAGAAAAGGUAGCUAAAGCUGCAUUCCAGAGAAAUAAUGAUCCUUUAGAAGCAGCUAUAUUUUAUCUCGCUAUGAAGAAAAAGGCUGUGUUAUGGGGUCUGUUCAGAUCUCUCCAGGAUAAAAAAAUGACAGAGUUUUUUGGAAAAAAUUUCAGUGACGAUAGGUGGAGGAAGGCUGCGUUGAAGAAUGCCUUUGCAUUGUUAGGUAAACAACGGUUUGAGCAGUCAGCAGCUUUCUUCCUUUUGGGUGGUUCCCUUAAGGAUGCAGUUGAGGUUUGUCUCGAAAGACUCCAUGAUGUUCAGUUAGCUCUUGUGAUAGCACGCUUAUAUGAAUCAGAAUUUGAAGUGUCAUCCACCUAUAAGUCUAUACUUGUCAGAAGGAUCCUAGGCUAUGACCCAAAGAGCAAAUGUUUUAACUUUUCUCUAAGAAAUUCGGAUCCGGUGUUGCGGAGUAUGGCAUAUUGGAUAUUGGAAGAUUACACCAACUCACUGAACACACUGUUGGAACAGGGGAUGAAAGAAAAUGAUAAUUGCAGUGUGACAGGAUACAACAAAUCUACUUCAUGCAGUCCUGGGGUAUUUAAUUUCUACAACUAUUUGCGAACCCAUCCACUUUUGUUGCGACGACACUUUGCUUCUUCAGAGAAGACAAUGUCACAGAUGGGUUUAACUGUGGAAAGUGGUCUGGCAGAUAAGAUCAGCUUAGCUGAAAGGCGAUUGUUCUUUUCAACUGCAAAUGCACACUUUAAAGCUGGUUGUCCAAUGUUAGCUCUUGAAGUCUUGUCUAAAAUGCCUGCAGUCACCAUGAAACCAAAGAAUUUACAGAAUGAAACAAGCUCUUAUUUGACAGUUAAUUUUUCGUCUGAAGAAUCUAAACAUAAAGUUUUGGAUUGUGAUUGCUCGUCAUCAAUAAUCAAUGGUUUGGGAUCGAAAGUUCCAUCUGAUUGGCUAUCAAACGGACAAUCCACUUCAUCUCUUAGUUUUGAUUGGAGUCAGUCAUCUCUAACGAUUGAAGACCAGCCAUUAGAAUUAAAAUGGGAUAGUGAUAAGGAAGAUGAAGAGGAGGAGAUUGGCCUGUCAAUGAAGGAAAUAAAUCCACAGUGUCCCACUGCUGCAAAGAUCGAAGGAGAAAGUUGCUGUAAUUUCUCAAGUUCAGCUGAUGAUUUUUUAAGUACAUCAGAAGAUGUCAUUGCAGCACAGUUAAAAUUUGGAGCUUGUUUGAAGAUACUUACCACAGAGCUUCGUACAUUGUCUACUGGAUAUGAAGUUGAUGGUGGAAAACUCCGCUUCCAAUUAUACAACUGGCUUGAAAGAGAAAUUACAGCCCUACAGAAAACAUGUAAUUACAAUGUUGAUCUUGAAGCUAUCAAAGAUAGUUUUGACCUUCCUGAAAGUGAACAGGCAGGAAAUGGUAUUGUUAACCAACAAAAGUCAUUACAUCAGCAAAGGUAUUUGCAACGGAGGAGACUGUGGCUUCUGGAAAACCAACCACUUCUAAGGAUGUUUCUUAGUUAUUGUAGUCUCCAUGGGUCUCAUGGUGGAGGCCUGGCAUCAGUCAGGAUGGAGUUGAUUCUUCUUUUACAGGAAUCGCAACAGGAGCAUUCAGUGAAACAGGUUACGAGUCCUUUUGUGCAACUUGCAUCAAUACCCCUGCUAUUUGCCUGCACUGCAAGUGCCAAAACUGUGGUGGCUAAUCCUAGACUCCAUCUAAGCAACCUUACCCAGGACAUUGUGAAUACUAUUGUAGAAUUUGAUUCUCCUCCACAUCCAGACAUGCAAAACAACAAGAUCUAUGUAAUGCACACUGUGGCAGCUUCUCUGUCUGCAUGCCUGUACCAAUGCCUUUGUAAUGGCCAUAGUUAUGGUUCUUCAUAUGCAAACCAGUUCACUGGGAUGGUAUACCAGAGUUUUCUGUUUGCGCAGCAACGUUCAAACAGAGCAGCAAGUUUAGAUGGUACAAUAACUCCCAACACUUCCCCAGACCACUGGCCAGGUAUAAAGGAACUAAAUCAUCUCUUGAAUUCUGCUGGAGACGAGGAUAAACCCAAACUGACAAUCCUACUCUGUGAGGUAUUGACAGCGGUUUACCUUAGUCUUUUUGUUCAUGGCUUGGGAACGCACUCCAGCAAUGAGCUAUUCCGCCUUGUAGCUCAUCCUCUCGAUAGCAAAAUGUGGGCUGCAGUUUUUGGGGGAGGUGCCCAGCAACCUCUGAAGGGUCAAAUCCAACCUAAAUCUGUAACAGAAGGUGGUACUCCUGAUGAGCAUCACAACUCUUACAAGGGCACAGGCUCAAAAGCAACAAACAGAGAAGCACCUUCAUACAGUACGUCUCUUCCAGUUGUCAGUCAGGUCACUCCAGUCUAUAAAGAGAAGUUCAUCCCUCCUGAACUCAGCAUCUGGGAUUACUUUAUAGCAAAGCCCUUCAUUCCUGUCGUACAGAGCAAAUUUGAGUAUGAUUCAGAAGAAAGUCAGGACAGUGAUGAUGAGGAAGAUGUUUUUGCUUCAGGCACACAGCUUCAGGAGCAUUCAAAUCCUAACUCAUUCAGCUGGUCCUUGAUGCGAUAUGCUAUGGUACAGUUGGUGCUUCAUAAUUUGAAGAAGUUUUAUCCAAUGGCAGGGCUGGAUCUAUCAGAGCUCCCAGUUUGUUCUCCUUCCUGCCAUGCAAUUUUAAAAACUCUUCAGCGCUGGGAACAAGUGUUACUUCGGCGUCUUGAGUUAUUUGGUGGCCCUCCUAAAGAUUUCAUCUCAAUGCAUGCCAGUGAAGGCACAAUGUCUUCAGGUCCUGCUCUCCUCAUUCAUAAAGCAUUGCUGGAGCCUACCAAUACACCAUUCAAGUCAAAACAUCACACCGCUCUUCCUGUUAAAAGACUUUGGCAAUAUCUUGUGAAACAGGAAGAAAUACAAGAGAUUUUCAUUCGAAAUAUUUUCACAAAACAGAGAUGUCACAAUGAGUCAGUAGAUACCUCCAAAGAAACAAACAGAAAUUCUAUGAUGGAGGAACCUAGCAUCAACAAGGUGGAAGCUGAUUCUGGUUACCCUGGUGGAAGGGCAAGGAUUGUGCAUAAAGAAUCUGACAUCAUUACAGCAUUUGCAAUUAAUAAAGCUAAUCGGAACUGUGUUGCCAUAGCCACAAGUCAUGAUAUCCAGGAACUAGAUGUGUCCGCAAUCCUGGCUACCCAGAUCUACACUUGGGUUGAAGAUGAGUUUGAACUGGAAUCAAAAGGAUCUGAUGAGUUUCUGGUUGUUCAUGCUCGAGAUGAUUUUGGUGAUUUGCAGUGCAGCACACCUUAUACUCCCACAGUUCCUGGCACACCAAUAAAUAUGCCAUGGCUGGGCAGCAUGCAGACUGGCAGAGGGGCGUCUGUGAUGAUCAAGAGGAAUAUGAACAAUGCCAGAAGAAUGGCUUCACAUCCAACCCUACCUUAUUAUCUAACUGGUGCUCAAGAUGGUAGUGUUCGAAUGUUUGAGUGGGGUCACUCUCAUCAACUAGCAUGUUUUCGACCUUCUGGCAACUCCAGGAUAACUAGAAUACGAUUUAAUCAUCAGGGUAAUAAGUUUGGAAUUGUUGAUGGUGAUGGAUUCUUGAGCUUCUGGCAAACAAGCCCAGUUGCUUUAGGAGCUACACCCAAACCUUAUCUGACCUGGCAGUGCCAUAACAAGACUGCAAAUGAUUUUGUUUUUGUUAGUUCAUCUACUUUAAUAGCAACAGCUGGACAAUCUAGUGACAACAGGAAUAUCUGCCUCUGGGAUACACUUGUGCCACAAGCCAAUAGUCUAGUUCAUGCUUUCACCUGUCAUGACAGUGGAGCCACCGUUUUGGCAUAUGUAUCAAAGCAGCAACUUUUGAUAUCUGGUGGAAGAAAGGGUUACGUUUGUAUAUUUGAUCUACAUCAGCGACUGCUGCGUCAAACCUUUCAGGCACACGAUUCACCUAUAAAAGCGAUUGCUGUAGAUACAGCAGAGGACUACUUCAUUACUGGGUCUGCUGAGGGUAAUAUGAAGGUUUGGAGUUUGUCUACUUACAACCUGAUUCACACAUUCUCAAAUGAACAUGCUCGACAGUCACUCUUCAGAAACAUAGGAACGGGAGUCAUGCAGAUAGAGACUGGUCCAGCAAAUCACAUGUUCUCGUGUGGAGCUGACGGCACAAUGAAGAUGCGUGUCCUGCCAGAUCGUUUUAGCACAGGAAGUGGCAAGUUAGAUAUCUGGCAAGAUGAUGUUAGAUUUAUAUUAUGAUAAUAGUCUUGUCACAGAGCCCUUUGACUCAGUACACUGAGAUCUAUUUUUGUAGGUCUGAUUUUGUGUUAAGAGAACACUGGUGUCAUAUGGAGAUGUAUGUUGAGCUCAAGUCGAAUUUCUUCUUUCUUAAUGCACUGAUGCCUUAAGAAGAUUGUAAGCUUAAAAUUUUGUGAAUUAAAUCUAGGAAUUAUUGAAUCUAAAUGUGUCAAAAUGGAUGAAUAAAGUAAUUCUAUUGUACAAUAAGAUAAAUAUGUUGCUGCUGAAAAAAAAGCUUUUCUCUAUUGAUACAGGUGCCGUAUUUUUUUUUGAAGUGUCAAAAUGUACAGUGCUUUCAAGAGAAUAAAAUAGAAGGUACAAUAAUUAUCUUUUUUAUGCUUGUAUUAAGAGUUUUGUACACAAUGAAGUUAUCAUUUGAACUGUGAGCAUUCCUUAUUUUUUUGCCUUAGCCUCUGAAAUACAAGCAAUUAAUACUUAGUUUUGCGUAAACUCUUCAAGCAAGAGAAAGUAGCUAGUGUUCCAGGAGUUUGUGGCAAGGGAGAAUUAAAACCAACCUUGCACAGCAUUUUACAACAAAAUGGAAAAUAACAUUUUUUUACAAAGCUUCGUCUUGAAAUAGAUCUGUAAAUAUAACCCACGAAAGCUUAAAUGGUUCUUCCACUAAGACACUAAUAUCAAAAUUAUCUUUUUUUGUGUGCAAGUGUACACAGCCAUGGGGAACAACAAAUAGUCCUUACUUCCAAUCCCACUAUGUGUCAGUCUAAUAAUGGAUGUAUUGCAGUCGAGUCAAGAUUACUCAGUAUUCAAAUUUAAUAAUCAAUAACCCAUCAUGAUCACAAAGAUCUAUCCUAUAUUGUGCUGAUGUAACAGUAAAUGGUUUUAAAACAUUAUUUGACCUAAACAAUGUAGUUAAAACUUCAUUCUGGCAAUGUUAGAAAAUAUUUGAAUGCUGCAGUGAGGCAGUCAGUUCAAUGUUGAACAAUUACCUUUAACAUUCUCAGAUGAAAAAAAUUAAUGAUAUGCAGAGUUUUGUUUCUUUUAAAAGAUUUGUUUUAUAUGGUUAUAUGUUUAAAUGCAAUACUUGUUGGAAAAAAUCCAAAAUCAGACUAAUGACUUUUCUUUUUGUCACCAAGACAUGUCAAAGUAAAAGUUGCGCAUAUAUAUGCAUUACAAUUGGUUAUCCAUUGAUAGGGUGACUAAAUGUGGAAUGUGUUUAAGGAGUAAUCAUUUAAGAUAACUUUUGAACCCACGUCAGCAUUUAAUGUUUAUCUGAACAUAUGUUAUAAAUAAUUAUAAUUGGCAUUCCUGUUUAGAAACACAAUAUUUCCACAUUUUUGAUUUUUAAAUUAAAUCUUUUAUUUUUGGAUGUUUCCCACCAAUUAGCAAUGAGAGUAGCAUAACAGUUUUCUUGUAGACUGACUUCAUCAUCCUGGUGUCAGCUAAAGAGAUAUACACAAAUGAACACAGGGUUACUUGGCCAUCUUAUUGUUUUCAUUCCUUUUCCACACAAGAAAUUCUUGCCCACUUUCACUGAUCAAAACUGAUUGAAGACAGGUUGAAAAACAUAAAGCUACACCUUUAGCUUACUGAUCUAUUUAUCAAAGUCAAAUGUCAUUUUAACAUGUGUUUCAUCUAACUCUUUUUGUGCAAAUCAAUUCACUUAUAUUAAAAAGGUAAAUACCUUUCAUUCAGACGAGCUAAAGGUUCAGUUAAGAUUAGGGAAUAGCAAUGAUAGUUUAGUCAUAAAGCAAUUACUUCAUUACAAGAUCCAGAUAUCAAGUAUACUGCAAAACAGAUCAAACCUUGUACAGUUCAAAAACUUUCUCUCAUUGCAUCAAAUACUAGAAUAAUUAUCACUGCUUUGUGGGGGAAAAAUUUAUUUGCGACUAUUACAUGUGCACUCAAUAUUGGGAAUAACCAUUUUAUGUUUAAAGAUUGUAAUAGUUCAUUUAUUGUGAAUGGCUUUUCUAUGGGUAUUAUAACCUGGGUGUAAAACAAAUAAAAUAUUUUAUGGAUUGCUUAGAGGAGAAUAAAAUCAUUAGAUUUUGCAAUGGGUUUACUUUUUAAUACUUAGCAUAUUCUAGAGUGUAUGGAAUAUUAGACUAAGUGCUAUCAAAUGCACAUUCAUUUUAACUGAUCACAGUUUAAUGUACCUGUUAAUUUCAUCAAUUAUAUGAAUUCUUGCUUUGCAAAUAUCUUAGUAAAUAGACACUGCAUGUAAGCAUUUCCAUUAAUCCUGAUAUGUAUAAAGAGCUUAUUUAGUAGGUAUUUUUGUUUGUUAUAUACUCAGGAUAUUUCGUCUUUCCUUUAAAACAUUUAUUUGUACAACUAAUUUUAAUGGGUUUGUUUAUUUAAAAGGUAAGAGUACAACAAUAGAAAGGAAAAUAUGGAAGGAAAACAUUUUCAUUUUCAUUGUGCAAUAAAUGUACUAAUUUUAUUAAAGUUAUUUAUGAAAUGCUAUUAGUAAAUCUGAGAAUUUUCCUCUUUACAAUUUAUAUGGAAUAUUCUGUAAUUAAUUUCAAAGAAAACUGCACUUGGUAAUCAUCAUCAAUUACUUUACAUUGUCCAAAGUUUUUAGAUUCAGCACCUUCUACAAGUAAAAAUUAGCCUUUUGCUUUGAAUCAUAAUGGAAGGAAUAUGUAAUCCCACCUUUGAAAUCACUGGUGCUCAGCUUCUGUUAGAUGCUGACUGUACUGACUUUUCUUCAAACAAAAUUGUCAAUCGUGUUGUACGUAACAUAAAUAAUUGUUUCAAUAAAACAACUACA